AUGUCACAGCCGAUGCUGAUCGAGAUCCACCCCCCGGUGAACCUCUGCGGGGACAUCCACGCCCAGUUCUGGGACCUGCUCCGCCUCUUCGAGCUCGGGGGGUACCCGCCGGGGGGGAAUUACCUCUUCCUCGGCGACUACGUCGACCGGGGGGAGCGCUCGCUCGAGACGAUUUGCCUGCUGCUGGCCUACAAACUGCUCUUCCCCGAGACCAUCUUCCUGCUGCGGGGGAACCACGAGACGGCGAGCAUCAACCGCAUCUACGGCUUCUUCGACGAGUGCAAGCGGCGCUUUAACGUGCGGCUGUGGAAGGUCUUUACGGACACUUUUAACUGCAUGCCUGUGGCCGCGGUGGUGGGGGAGCGCAUCCUUUGCAUGCACGGCGGGCUCAGCCCGGAGCUGGGGAGCCUGGAGCAGAUCCGACGGAUCCUCCGCCCAACGGACGUCUCGGAUAGCGGGCUGCUCUGCGAUCUCCUCUGGUCUGACCCGGACGGCGAGGAAGAGAGGUCGGGCUGGAGCGAGAACGACCGAGGGGUCUCCUGGGUCUUCGGCAACGACGUCGUCGAGGAGACGCUGCAGCGCUUUGACCUCGACCUCAUCUGUAGAGCUCAUCAGGUGGUCGACGAAGGAUACGAGUUCUUCGCGGGACGACGCCUGAUCACCGUGUUUUCCGCCCCUAAUUAUUGCGGCGAGUUUAACAACCACGGGGCAUUCUUGUGCGUUGACAAGAAGCUAAACUGUAGCAUUACGCAGCUUGUACCGACUUAUGACGUGAGGUCGAUUUAUUGA